AAGUAUACAAUAUAUAAAUAUAUUAGCAACUCGUUGUCACAUAAGUUUUCAUUUAUUUUAUCCAUCGUGAAUCGCGUGCUUGCCAUGCGAUCGAAGAGAAUCCAAAUAAGAGGAUGAGGAAAGUGGUUGACGAAAGAUGGAACGAUCGGGUAAUACUUAAUGUCGGUGGUAUACGUCACGAAACUUACAAAACGACCUUGAAGAAAAUACCAGCCACGAGAUUGUCACGACUAACCAAGGCAUCGGUUAAUUACGAUCCGAUAUUGAACGAAUAUUUCUACGACAGGCAUCCCGGUGUCUUCGCACAGGUUCUCAAUUAUUAUCGUACAGGCAAACUCCAUUAUCCGACGGACGUUUGCGGUCCACUUUUUGAAGAAGAACUCGAUUUCUGGGGUCUAGAUUCUAAUCAGGUAGAACCUUGCUGUUGGAGUACUUAUAGCAUUCACAGAGACACUCAAGAAACCUUGGCAAUAUUGGACAAAUUGGACAUAGAAGGGGAGAAACUUAGCGACGAGGAGAUUUCACGACUGUUCGGUUACGAGGAGGAAUAUAAUCGUGGAACGUUGACAAAGUGGCAACGAUUACGUCCAAGAAUCUGGGCUCUUUUCGAUGAGCCUUACUCGUCCUGGUCGGCAAAGUGCAUAGCCUGCAUUUCUAUCUUUUUCAUCUGUCUUUCGGUUCUCUGCUUUUGCUUAAAGAGCUAUCCUGGUAAUAGUAAUAGUAGCGAUAAUCUAUCGCAAAUUAGUACGAACGAUUGUCCUACUAAUGACUCCGUUAAAUUCACCGAGCAUUACGGGAAUGAAAAGAUCGGUCGACCGUAUCGAGCAUUUUAUUACAUCGAACAUGCCUGCAAUGCUUGGUUCACAUUUGAGAUAACCAUUCGAUGCUUGGUCAGUCCAAGCCUAAAGCAAUUCGCAGUGUCGCCGGUGAACGCGAUCGAUUUAGCAGCUAUGUUCAGCUUCUACACGGAAUUCUUCACGGAGUCUAGCCUGUAUCUGGAGGUCCUGUCAAUAGCACGUGUACUUCGUCUAUUUAAAUUGACCAGACAUUCACCUGGAUUGAGAAUACUCAUACACACUUUCAAAGCAUCAGCUAAAGAACUAGCAUUGUUAGUUUUCUUUCUUGCUUUUGGCAUAGUACUCUUCGCUAGUCUCGUCUUUUAUGCCGAACGACUUCAGGAAAAUCCUAAGAACGAUUUUGACAGUAUACCACGAGGACUUUGGUGGGCUUUAGUCACCAUGACGACAGUCGGUUACGGCGACAUGACGCCAAAAACUUUUCCAGGGAUGUUCAUUGGUGGACUCUGUGCCUUGACCGGUGUUCUUACUAUCGCACUUCCGGUUCCCGUAAUAGUCAGCAACUUUUCUAUGUUCUACUCCCACACUCAGGCCCGCAGCAAAUUACCGAAACAGAGAAGAAGAGUCCUACCAGCUGAAUUUCCACGACGUGGAAGAUCGUCGAUGCAUCAAAAUCGUUUAUCGGAUUCACAGAGACACGUGUUAUCGGACGGUUCAGCUUGCAGAUCCUUAACACCUUUGAUGCCGCGACAGCCUACUACCGGAUUACACAACGUUCUACAAAUCCAGCCGAACAUCGUGAUAAAUCUAGCGGAAAUCGAACAUCGUCAACGCACCACUUCACCCAACCAACAAUCUCAAGAAAGAAACUUAUCUGACUGUAGAGAUAGUGAUCUAACUCGAGACGAUAAGAUGGGACAACAACAACAACAACAACAGCAACAACAAAGUGUCACUGAAAUCGUUCAACCAGAAGAGGAUACAAAUAAUCGAACAGAAAGAAAAUAUUCUCAAAAUAUUCACCACUGUGUCGUGUGACUAAAAAUCAAUUUUUUAUACGGUUCUAUUUUUUUUUUCUUCUUUUUUUUUUCUGACCGUCAAAAAAAAAAGCGAAUAUUUUCUAUCGGAGAAUAUUGAAAAGUAUUGGGUUGGUAUAAAAGUAAUUGUGCGAAUUUUAUGAUUUUCAAUUUGACGUUGAUCUAUUCCAAUGACUUUUUCUUUUCUUUCAUUUUGGAAUUAUUG